AUGGAUUCGUUUAAUAGCUACGACAGGAGUGACUUGGAAAUAUAUCCAUCGUUUAUUAAUUUACACGAAGAUGAAAAUGAUCAUUUACUCUUGGACAUGGAUUCUUUAGUUCCCAGACGAAGCAAUUUCCUAGUAAGCCGUGGUUGUGAACCAACCAAGAAGAAAUGCUCGCUCGAAACUACUUUCUUACUGUCUGCGAUUAUCGACGUACUCACUGGUAGCAUUUUCCCGGGGCUUUUUAACAUUAACGUGUUACAACGAUUUAUGAGAAACCGUAUACUGACUUCAGCAUUUAAUUGUUCGAUCAAUCUGAAACAUUUUGUAUUCAAAUCGUAUUAUUAUACGGUUUUAAUGUAUAAACAGCUUGAAGAUUGAGAUAUUGCCUGUAGAUCUGAUUCUAAAUUCGUUUUGAUAGGUGACGAAAGCGAGGAGAUCGACGGCACUGGAUGGUCCGACAAACCUAUUAGGACCUGGUGUCAAGAGGAAACAAUAAAUUGGCUUAUGUCAGCCGCGUCAUACAUCGGUCAACCUUACAGCUCCAUUCAGCACAGUCUCGCCGUGUCCGGGAAAGAAAUUGUUACUUUUACGCGAGAAGAUUUUAUUAAUCACGAUCCUGUGUACGGAGAUCGAUUGUACAAUCUUCUCCAUUCGCAACGUAUAUCAAACCUUUUACCACCAUUUGAUACCAUUCAGGCGCAAUCGGAGGAUGAGUAUACGCGAGUCAAUUCUAGCAACAUAUCCGAUGCGGAAUCAGAUAAUAGUAUCGAAAUUGCAACCAAGAGGCUACCAGGUAGACCAAGAGUGUUAAAGACUAAGAAAAAUACCGCGAGUCAAGGAAAAUUAUGGGAAUUUAUUAGAGAUUUACUACGUAAUAGAGAAACGUGUCCAAGUUUAAUCUGCUGGGAAGACUAUUCACAAGCCAAAUUUCGCUUCGUAAAAAGCGACGAAGUGGCAAAACGAUGGGGUUCACGGAAAGGAAAUACAAAAAUGACUUAUGAAAAACUUAGUCGAGCUAUGAGGUAUUAUUACAAGAGCAAAAUAUUUCUACCAGUACUUGGUCGCAGACUGGUGUAUCAAUUUGGACCAAAUGCGAAAGGAUGGCAAACAGAUAACCCAAAUUUCCGAUACUGAAACGGUGUAUUGAAAAAGAAUCACAAGUUCGUAAUACGAUCGAGCGUGCAAAACCGUAAAAUUGUAAAAUAUUUCGCAUGUUUUUUCAACAUUAGAAAAACAAUUAUUAUACGUCCAUUGUAUAUUUUAAACAUCGUCAAACGUUAUGUUUCUUACAGAUAAAACUAACAAUGUAAUAGAACAAAUCUUUAAAAAAAAAGAGAUGAGAUUUGAAAAAAAAAAAAA